UCCAGCUUUGCAGCCCACGGUUUUUGACAGCGGCACACCAGCGGUCAAACUCAUGAGCUAGGUCGCCCAGUGGCCCCCCAACAGCCUCACUAUGCCACUGCUACGCUUCCAGGUGACGUCGCAACCUCAGGCCCAGCACUGCACUGCACGGCAUCCUCGUGUGAUGGAGUCGCGGAUCCACUCUGCUACCCCGCCCUGCUCGCACCCUCUGCCUGCCACAAUCAAGGCAGACGGUGCGAGAUGCUGCCGCACCAAGACACAUCUCUGCUGACUCGUCAUUGACUCUAUUCUAGUGCGCUAGCCUGCAGCUUCGCCGCAUCUUUUUCUAGUGGUCCAGAGCACCAUGUAGCACCAGCGAGGGAAAGCCGUUUAGCUCAGAUCUCAGCGCGCCCGCCAAAUCGGAUCGACGCGCCCCACCCCAAACCCCUUUCUCUGCGUGUGCAAAGGCGUGCAGAAGCAAAACCCAACACCAGCACACUGUUGAUGUGGCCAGGAAAUUGCGUGCAAGAUCGACGUCCC